CGAUAUUGACGGUCAUAAAUUUACUUUGUUAAUAUACCUGAGUGCCUUUCAAAUGAAUUAUAUCCAUAUAACCAGAUCGGACUAAAGAAGGCAUUCAUUUCACUAGAGGAACAAUCAUCUUGAAGACCACACUUCACAAACCUCCUCAUCAACCAGCAACCUCACAUCACCCGUUCUCAAAACCCAUUAAGAGGUACGCCACACCUCAUACCACAAAAGAAGCCCAAACAGCAAUGUCAGACGAUCUCAAAGACGAAAUAGAAGCCCUAAACUCAAUCUACGGAGACGACACCCUACGCCAUACACCACCAGAUAACUAUGUUCUCACGCUUCCCGGCGGCCCGGGUGCCUCCUCCCUCACCCUCCGCUUCGCCGACUCGUACCCGGACGUACCGCCAGAGAUCCUCGGCACCCACAGCGCCGGCGAGAACGCGCCCCGCGGCGCGGGCGCCCGCGACUUGUCUCUUUUCCGCGAGGCCGUCGCCGCCGUCUACCAGCCGGGCGCUGUCUGUCUCUUUGACGCCGUGGAAGAGUUCUCGCGACGACUGGAGGAAGUUUCAGAAGCUGAGCCGUCAGGACCACCCACCACCACCUCACAUUCUCCUCCUCCUCCGCCGUCAUCCUCCUCGCGGCGACAGCUAGAAGAGCACGAGCACAACCAACAGGACGCCGAAGCUGACUCUCUGCCUUGCCGCAUGCUAGAGUCGCCCCCUUGGAUUCUCUCCUCCCCCUUCACGGAACUCAAAUCCGUCUUCCUCGCGCGCGCCGCACCCGUCACCUCCCCCGAGCAGGCCGCGUCCUACGUCCAGCACCUUAUCGCGACGGACAAGAAGGUGCGCGGCGCAAGCCACAACAUGACGGCGUGGCGGAUCCGCGGCGCCAACGGCACGAGCUUCCAGGACUGCGACGACGACGGCGAGACGGCGGCCGGCGGCCGGCUGCUGCACCUGAUGCAGCUCAUGGAUUUGUGGGACGUCAUGGUUGUCGUGACGAGGUGGUAUGGCGGGCAGAAGUUGGGGCCGAGGCGGUUCGCGCUGAUUAAUAGCACGGCGAGGGAUGCGUUUGUCAAGGCUGGGUGGGCGGAGGAGGCGGGGUCGGGGAAGAGGAAGAGGCAUGGGAAGUGAGGGCGGCUGUUUUGAGGUAGUAGGCCUUCACGAUGGAUGGUUGGUUUUUCAGAUCUAGUGUGUUUCAAGGUUGCUCACAGCCAGCGUCGGUGUAGAUGGGGGUUACGAGGUCAGUUACUGAUAGACCUAUUCUGGAAAGACAUCACUGGAGAGUUUACCAAGAGAUCUGCCGCAUCAAGGAGGGUGGGCUAUGACAAGAGUG